AUGAGCAUGGACAGCUCGGAAGCGGACACGGCCAAAUUCUCACGCAUACAUGUGUUUGAUAGCAAUGACGACGGAUGGGGAGUCAACCACGGCAUUUCGAGGUACAGGCAUGUCCUCUUCGACCCAAUAUACCCCCACACACCACCUACUCAAAUUUUGCAAGAUCACUGUGUUCGACACCAAACUAUUCAGCAGAUGUCUGCGCACAGGGUAAAGCUGUACCCAGCGACCGUCUACAUCCCGAUAUCGUGCUUGCGGCUAGGGGAGGUUUUGCCAGCUUUCUUUCGGACCGGGCAAGCCUCCUUAAACCGCACAACUAUCCCAGCUACGCCUACAUUGUGCCAACAAAACAGGCCUCACACAGAGAUGGGAUUGAGUGGAAAAUACUACGGCUACCCGACAGACGUGUUACUUCAUCUGUUCAUACCCUUAGUCGUCACCGGCUUCCCAGCAUCGUUCCACGACAGUCAUAAGGCUGCGCAUGUCCGUCCACACACCCAAGGUAGCACUCUCAACCUUGCACUUGCUGAAAUUAAACAGCGAUAG